AUGUCAUCUCGACCAGAUCUCAAGGUGGACGACGAAGUCGGCUUCAUCCGCUUCUACCGCUCCAUUUCCUCCUCCUCCGACAACGACAACAACAAUGAGACGAUUCGAGUUUUCGACCGCGGAGACUGGUACUCCGCCCACGGCGCCGAAGCCGAGUUCAUCGCUCGCACCGUUUACAAAACAACCUCUGUGAUCCGCAACCUAGGCCGCAGCGACACAGGCGGCCUGCCCUCCGUGACGAUGAGCGUGACUGUAUUCCGCAAUUUCCUGCGUGAGGCACUAUUCCGGCUCAAUCGGCGAGUGGAGAUCUGGGGCUCUGCGAGCGGGCGCGGCGGACAGUGGAAACUCAUUAAGCAGGCUAGUCCCGGUAACUUGCAGGAUGUGGAAGAAGAAUUGGGGAGUGUGGGUGGAUUGAAUAUCGAGGCCGGGGCGCCGAUCAUUCUGGCUGUGAAAAUAUCCGCGAAGGCUGGAGAGGCGAGGAGUGUGGGGGUUUGUUUUGCGGAUGCGAGUGUUAGGGAGCUUGGAGUGAGUGAGUUCUUGGAUAAUGAUGUCUAUUCGAAUCUGGAGUCGUUGGUGAUUCAGUUGGGAGUGAAGGAGUGUCUUGUGCAGAUGGAUGCCGGGAGGAAGGAUGUGGAGCUGGGGAAGGUGAGGAAUAUUAUGGACAGUUGUGGGAUUGCAGUGUCGGAGAGGCAGAGUGGUGACUUUGGGGUCAGAGAUAUCGAGCAGGAUUUGACGAGGUUGUUGAGGGAUGAGAGGUCUGCGGGGACGCUGCCGCAGACUGAGCUGAAGUUGGCGAUGGGUUCCGCGGCGGCGCUGAUAAAGUAUCUCGGCGUUAUGACGGAUCCGUCCAACUUCGGUCAGUAUCGUCUGUAUCAGCAUGAUUUGUCGCAGUUCAUGAAGCUGGAUUCGUCGGCGCUGCGGGCUUUGAAUCUCAUGCCGGGUCCGCGGGACGGAUCUAAGUCGAUGAGUCUGUUCGGGUUGCUGAAUCAUUGUAAGACGCCGGUAGGAAGCAGGUUGCUGGCGCAGUGGUUGAAGCAGCCGUUGAUGGAUAAGGCUGAGAUUGAGAAGAGACAGCAGCUGGUGGAGUCGUUUGUGAUGGACACGGAGCUUCGGCAGACGAUGCAGGAGGAGCAUCUGCGCUCGAUCCCGGAUUUGUAUCGCUUGGCGAAGCGAUUCCAGAGGAAACAGGCGACAUUGGAGGAUGUCGUGCGUGUGUAUCAAGUCGCCAUUCGCCUGCCGGGCUUUGUUGCGUCGCUGGAGAAUGUGAUGGAUGAGCAGUAUCAGACUCCUCUGGAAGCGGAGUAUACGUCUAAGCUGCGCAGCCAUUCGGAUAACUUGGCAAAGCUGGAGGAGAUGGUUGAGACGACGGUGGACUUAGAUGCGUUGGAGAACCACGAGUUCAUUAUCAAGCCGGAGUUCGACGAGAGCUUGCGCAUCAUUCGCAAGAAGUUGGAUAAGCUGCGUCACGAUAUGGACUCGGAACACCGUCGCGUGGGCCGGGAUCUGGACCAAGAAGUCGACAAGAAGCUGUUCUUGGAGAACCAUCGUGUGCAUGGCUGGUGCUUCCGACUGACUCGCAACGAGGCAGGCUGUAUCCGUAACAAGAGAGAGUACCAGGAGUGCUCAACUCAGAAGAACGGUGUCUACUUUACGACUUCAACAAUGCAAGCGCUCCGUCGCGAGCAUGAUCAGCUGUCUUCCAACUACAACCGCACCCAGACUGGUCUGGUUAGCGAGGUUGUUGGUGUAGCUGCUUCCUACUGCCCUGUCCUGGAGCAGCUUGCUGGCGUUCUAGCUCAUCUCGAUGUUAUUGUGAGCUUCGCGCAUUGUGCAGUACACGCCCCUACGCCCUAUGUCCGCCCCAAAAUUCACCCGCGCGGUACUGGAAACACAAUUCUGAAGGAGGCGCGGCAUCCCUGCAUGGAAAUGCAGGAUGAUAUUUCAUUCAUCACCAACGACGUGUCGCUCAUUCGUGAUGAGUCUUCCUUCCUGAUCAUUACCGGUCCCAACAUGGGUGGUAAAUCGACCUAUAUCCGACAGAUUGGCGUCGUUGCGCUGAUGGCUCAGACGGGCUGUUUCGUCCCCUGCUCCGAGGCGGAGCUGACUAUAUUCGACUGUAUCCUUGCUCGUGUUGGUGCGAGUGACUCGCAGCUCAAGGGUGUGUCGACUUUCAUGGCCGAGAUGCUUGAAACCUCAAACAUCCUCAAGUCCGCGACCUCGGAGUCCUUGAUCAUCAUCGAUGAACUUGGUCGCGGAACGAGCACAUACGAUGGUUUCGGCCUUGCAUGGGCUAUCUCAGAGCACAUCGUCACCGAGAUUCGCUGUUUCGGCCUAUUUGCAACUCACUUCCACGAAUUGACGGCCCUGGCCGAUCGCUACCCCAAGUCGGCCAAGAACCUACAUGUAGUGGCUUUCAUUGGUGAUGGCACAGGCGAUGAGGAGAGCAAAGAUUCGAAGCGGGACCAGGUCACGCUACUGUACCGCGUCGAACCGGGCAUCUGUGACCAGUCAUUCGGUAUUCACGUCGCUGAAUUGGUCCGCUUCCCGGAGAAGGUGGUCAACAUGGCGCGACAGAAGGCAGACGAGCUUGAGGACUUCACUUCCUCCGGAGCACAGGGACAAGAGUCCAACAUGUCACUUGACAAGUACUCGCAGGAAGAAGUUGAGGAGGGAAGUGCCCUCCUCAAGGACAUGUUGCUGAAGUGGAAGGAAGCAAUCGAGGCACCCGGCAAGGACCUGACGGUUGAAGAAAAGCGCCAGAUCAUGCGCGACCUUGUCAACAGUGAUCCGAAGUUACAAGCGAACAAAGUGUUCCAGGGUAUUAAAGCUCUGUAA